CACAAGGUAUUGAAAAGCAUUUUAAGUUAGAAAUUAAAUUUUGGCAAAAUGGACUAGCCUUUACACAUCUUUUUCAUUUUGAAUUUCAGGAUGUCUAAAAAAUUAAGCCCUCUGUAGGCUGAAAAUAUUAUUUCCAUUAAAAGAGGUGACAUCGCUUUCCAUGUUUGUAAAGAUAUCCAGAAUAUUUUUUCCACACGGAGAGCUGAUGUGUUUUCAAAGUGUUCCUUUUUUUUUUUUUUUAAAGCAGUAUAUUGUGUAUUCUGCCAAUCACAAUGUCUCAACCAGACACGUGCACACAGUGCCGAGAGCACAAACUCAAACUGAAUCGCAAUUCAUUUCGAAAAUUAAGAUUACACAACGGAGGGGAACACUAAUGGACUGGUUUCACUGCAACCAGUGUUUUACCAGAUCUGCAUCAAAGUAUGCAGUUUCCAGCUGUGGUCACAUCUGCUGUGAAAAAUGCAUCACAUCCAAACAAUGUGUUGUAUGUAGAUCCAUGUGCAGUUUUCUACCUAUUACAGAUGAGAUGAAGCCGCAGGAAAAAGUAUUUUUCAAGGACCCUGUAAAGCUCAUCCAAUCUCGCCAAGAGCACAUAUCACAGAUAGCACAUUUUCAGAGGACUCACAUGGAGAGAGCAGCAGUACAUUUCAAACACAAAGCUGCUGAGUUAGACAUACGUCUUAAGGAAGUCACUGAGCACUGCUACAGACAACUGACUGACCUCAAAAGAGAAAAUGCUAUUCUAAAAAAGCAACUUUUUGAAUUGCAAAGGGAAACAGCAGAACUCAAAAAGCCACUUUCACAGAGAAGGGUGUCCCCUGGACAGUUUCAGACGGAUGGCAAUCAAAGGAUGUCUCUUCCUGUGGCUGUCACAUCUCCAGUGACUCCUCGAUUAAGAACUAUGAGUCAAAUAAGUUCAGAGUCACAGGGAUGGGCCAGAGAAAGAGGAGUAGGAAUUACGACUCCUGGAUCAGCAACCUCCAUUUCCAGCCACAGCUCUCUUCAGGACCAUAGAACUCCAGCAUCUUUCAGUACCCCUAUAAGGACUCUCAGUCAGACGCCUCAAGUUUUUCAGUUCCAGUUUUUAAGUGGAUUAUCAGUACAGUCACCUAGAAACUAACAGGAUUACAAAUUUGACAAUGUAUUGUAAUGAGUUGCUGCC